AUGCGAGUCUCAAAGAACCUUCUUGUAGCGAGCGUCCUUACAGGCCAAACUUUGGCCACUGAGAAGAGUGCCUGCUCUUCCGAGACUUUCUCUCUUCCUAACAUUCUCGGCACCGAGCUGCAUUCGAUUACUGCGUCGCUUAUCAAAGGCUAUGCGGGCUUCGUAGCAUUUGGAAGACCCGAAGCUGCUCUCAUCGAACCCGGUGGCGUUAAUUUUUGCAAUGUCACCGUCUCCUAUAAGCAUCCCGCGCACGGGGAUCUAGUAUCUGUUCACGUCUGGCUCCCAACUGCAAAGUAUAAUGAGCGUCUUGUUGGCCUUGGUGGAGGAGGCUGGGCCGCUGGAGAAGUUGGUGAUGAAGUCAUGACUGGACUAGCAUCGCAAGGCUAUGCAGUUGCUUCAACUGACGGAGGAUAUUCCCAUAACCAUUUCGGCACCGCUGAUCCUUGGCUGAUGAAGAGCCCCGGAAAUCUGGACUACCCGCUGGUUGUGAACUUUGCUCAUCGCAGUCUUCAUGAGUUGGCUGUCAUCUCUAAACAUAUUGUUGCGCAAGGUUAUGGAGCGAAGGCCAAGUUCGCAUACUGGCAUGGAUGCUCGACGGGUGGGAGACAGGGGCUGACGAUUGCCAACAAGUACCCAGAAGACUUUGAUGGCAUUCUUGCAAGUUGUCCUGCGGUCGACUACCCAUCGCUAGUCUUGUCACUGUACUGGCCUCAGUUUGUUAUGAAUCAACGGAAGGUGUAUCCCCAUGCAUGCGAAUUCGAAUUUUUGGCUCGGGCGACCACCGAAGCUUGCGAUGGCCUUGAUGGGGAUGUUGACGGGGUCGUUGCUAGGCUUGAUCUAUGUCGUUUCGAUCCCCAAUCUCUGGCUGGGAAGAUUAUUGAUUGUAAUGGAAAGCCGCUUCAUGUAUCCCAAGAUACUUUAGAAGUCUACAAAGCCAUCCUGAAGGGGCCUGUUGAUCCGCAAGGUAACGAGCUUGUUGGCGGAGCCACGCCAGGAGCAAACAUCGUUGGAUUCCUGGGAACCGCAAACACUGUCUGCGACGAGGACAACAACUGCAACCGGGGCCAGCCUUUCAUCAUUGCCACGGACUGGAUUCGGCUCAUGUUCAAGAAGGAUCCACAGUUUGACCCCGCGAAGUUAACCCAUGAGGAAUAUGCUCGGAUGUUCCGGGACGCCCGGCAGGAAUGGGGGCACCUGUUUGGCAGCAGCGAACCUGAUCUGGAGCGUUUUAGGAUGUUGGGGAAGAAGAUGCUGGCUUGGCAUGCAAUGAAUGACCAGGUGAUUCCGCUAUCGCAUAUGCGAGGGCACUUUGACAAAGUCCGGGCGACCGACGAGCUGCGUGGCAUCACCACCUCCGACUACUACCGCUACUUCGAGGUGCCAGGCGCCAGCCACUGCGGAGCCGCAGAUGGAGUUGCAUAUCCUAUGCAUGCUCUUGAGGCUUUACGGUUGUGGGUGGAGGAAGGCAUCGCGCCAGAGGAGCUGUUGACUGUUGUGCUGGGCAGCGAGGGGAACCGGGCUGGCACACCAGUUUGUGACUACCCCAAGGUAGCCAACUGGAAAAAUGGUUCAUUCACGUGCAGGGAGAGUGGCGGUCAGCCCGACAGUUCCUCAGGACAUCAAAAGGACGAGCUUUGA